AACAUGCCUUUUUCCAAAUUCACAUCAUCAAUUUUACGAUAAUCAAGUGCCUGAACAAUCAACGAAUAAUAAUAAUAAUAAUAAUGAUGAUGAUUAUACUAACCGAAUAUUCUAUCCACAACAUCAUUAUCAUUAUAAUCAGCAACAAGAACAACAAACACAACAAGAUUCUUCUGUAAUAUAUCCAUCAACGACCAUGAUGAUGAGCUCGAGGCCAUUAUAUAAUAAUGAUGAUUUACAAAAUAAUCAUUAUCAUUAUCAAUACCAGCAACAGCAGCUGCAACAACAUCAUCAUCAAUCUGGUAAUGGUUAUGAUAAUUACAAUUAUUCGCCUGAUUUAAAUCAACAACAACAAAGACGAAGAAAUCGUUCACAGCAACCACCACCACCAUCAUCAGAACAAUCAUUAUUGGAAUCUGGUUCAUCAUCAUCAAUCAUAAUUAAUGAACAACAACACCAACAACAACAACAACAACGACAACGUCGUUGGUCAGAUGGUAAUCAUCGUCUAAGUCAGAUUGAUCAAGAAUAUUUUAGACAAUAUCAAAAUAUUGAUCCACAUACUAUCGAUACAUCAUCAUCGAUAUAUAUGGCACCAUCGAUGGUCAUAUGUCAAUGUGGUCAUUGUUAUUAUGGUCAAUUUAAUAAUAAUUCAAAUAAUUAUUUUGAUACAAGACAACAACAACAACAACAGCUACCACCACCUCCACAACCAUCAUCAUCAUCAUCAUCAAAACCUCGUGUAUCUUUUGGACCAUCAUUUAUGUAUCAAAUGGAUCAACAACAACAACAACCACAUCCAUUAUUAUUUGAUCCAAUGUAUGAAUAUGAACAACAACAACAACAACAAAAAAAACAACGACAACGAAAUAAAAGUUCUAAAUUAACAACCGAAUUAUUACCAUUGGAUACACAAUUACCAUUACAAAUGAUGGGAGAUUCUGCUCUGAUAUGUCGAAUACAAUGAAAAGUAAAAAAAAAAAAAAUUCCACAAUAGACAUGAUUUAUCAUAACAAAUACUGCUGUCAAAAAAAAACUAUAUCAGGGAGAAAAACAAAUUCUGUCAAAGACAUUUAUAAAAAAAAAGAAAAUAAUGACAAAACUCUAAUCAGAUAAAAGCAGAAUCUUGAUCAAAAAAAAAAUUGUAAUGACAAGAUAUUCUAUGAAAAAGGCAUGUCACCUAUUUUUACUAUUAAGAUGUGAUUCGAAUUUCUUAUUAUUUAUAUGUGUGUGUCAAUUAUUUUUGCAAAUCUAAUUAUACCUGUGUUCAUAAUAUAAUACCACAUAUAUAUGACAAAAAAAAACAAACCGAAACCGACAUUGACUACAAAACCAGCGAGACAACAAAAAAAAAAUCUAAUCAAAAUCAAUGUUUUUUCUCUCUCUCUCUCUCUGUAUAUUUUUUUAUAUUAUCUUGAUGAUCAUUAUUGGUGAUUGGAAAACGAAAACAAAAUAGAAAUCUUUGGUUGGUUGUGAAUUUUGGCCUUAUGAGAUAUGAUGAUGACAUACUUUUGACAACAACGUAUAUUUUGGAUUUGUUUAUGUUUAUAAACCAACGUUUUUUUUUUUUU